UAGGGGGAAGGUUUAUUUCUGUCCUUAAGUUCCUCUUUAAAAAAUUUUUCCAUUCCUUCCCUAUGUAUUUUAAAAUUAUUUUUCUUAUCACCCUUAUUGUUUUGAUUAAAUUUUGUUGUAUAAAUGGCCAAGUUGCACUUGGGGGACAACAAUCAGAUCGAACACAGCAAGAAUUGGCUCUCCUUGGAUGGACUAGUGGUGUUCGAAUGGCUUAUUGUCAACAAAUUGCUGUUAUUGACUUGGUUGAUCCAUUUAGAGAAGCAAUAGCUCGAAUGUUAAACAGGCAUUGUCGAACUCCGACAGUUUGUGGAAUUAAAAAAAGGUUUUAUUUUUUAGUUUCGAUUUUUUUGAAUUAUUUUUCCCAUUUUAGUGUUACUUUUAACAAAUUUCAAGUGGUUAUGCUUGAUAGCUUUCCACGGCGUGAGAAUCGAGCAUUAAAUUUUCGUUUUUAUGUUGUUCUUCCGCAUGAUGCUAUCCCAGUGGAAAAAGGUGGUCCGGAAAAACCGAUGAUUCCAAGUUUGUUCUUCAACCGCUUUCUCAUUCCAAUAGCAAUAAUUAUGGGCCUUUGUAUGAUUUUUCUAGCCUAUUGGGUUUCACUUCUCACUUCUGGCUCUUCAUUAUAUGCCAAUGGAUGGCUUGUUCGUGGCUCUAGUGGAGGGAAAAAUGCAGCGCUUAGGAGAACAAUGCAAAUAAUUGAAGAGCAAAAAUAUCGUUUUGCUUUGUACGACAGUCAAACUGGAGGUGCUCCUCUUGCUUUGGGUUUAAAUCCAGUUGCUCCCAAAGCUGUUGUUAUAUACAAAACAAAUGCUCGUGUUCAAGAAGUACAUGCACCACCAAAAUCUUUGGCAACUUCUUCCUCUUCACCAAAACUGAAAUGGGUCGUGCAAUGCCUAUUUACCCAGCACCUGAACGCGUGAGCCAACAACAAAUGG